CGCUACAAACCGUAAGCGAUGUUGAUGUUGGCUACGCUCUCAGUUGUAUAUUAUUGUAUAGGGUAGAGAUAUUUUUGUGUUGCGACUGGAAUGGCGGGUGUCAUGAUAUGUUUGUGGAGCCUAUUGGUGUUGGCGAUAUCAACAUCUAAUGGCCAAGACAUAAGUGCAACAGGCAAUGAAGUGAACCAAGAGGUGGAUAAAGUGAUAGAGGAUGAGAUCACGAGCAAGCUCAGUAAAGACCUGGCGCAGAGCAUUGAGAAGAAAUUCCUUGUAGACCUGGAGAAAUCAGUAAACAUGGUGCUGCUGAAGAUCCAGAUGCUUCUUCAGAACGGCACCACGCACAUCUUGGAGCGUCUGUCCGACCUACAAGGACAACUGGAGGAGAUCAGGAAGUCUACAGGAACUGAGCUGGAUACAUGCCUAAAAGAGCGUGAGAACGAGACAGCUCAGCUGGCCGAGAAAGCGAUGCAUCAGAUGGUUGUGUGUGGGUACGCCCUGAUAGGACAUAACCCUACGCAGGCCGUCGGCGCCGUUAUUAAUAUGAAGAACAUGAUCAAGAAUCGCUUGCAACCGGUCCGCACACAGAAGAAGGACAUUGACGAGUUGCUGAAGGCUUGUGGCCACGAACAUGACUCCUUGAAGAAGGUCAUCAAAUGUGUCAUCGCUAAGUCACCCGCCGUGAAGGCCGCCAUGAUGGAUGUGACCAGUCAAAUGAUGCAGGGCGUCGUCGAGCUGACCAAGGUCCUCGCCCACGGCGCCAUGCACGAAGCCUGCCUCAUAGAAGUCAUCAAAACCGUCGAAGACGAAGCCUUCAACCUUGUCGGCAAUGUCCGAAACUGCGCCUUCGGAAACUACACCGAAGAAGCCAACAAAUUCAUUGAAGAAAACAACGCAACAGUACUCGAUAUACCUACAAAGAAAAGCCGUAAAAUUAAAGUAGAUCCCAAUAAGAAAGAAGUCGUAGAAAUGAAACAACUGAUCAGAAGAAUGCUAAGUGAAGCUAAUGUUAAUGAUUUAGACAAACGUUUUAAAAAGAAGCUGAAAAAACUGCAAGAGGAUCUGGGAUCCGCCGAAGCAGACCCAAAUACAACAGCCAAACCCAAUGUCACUUUAAAUGAGUCUAAUGCAGAUUUAAACAGCACUUCAUUUGUUUCAACAAUUUCAAAUGAUAUCUGAAACAUUAUUUGAGAUGUUUUUAUUUGAAUAUCAGCUUGUAGAACACGUUUUAUUUCAAAACAUAUUAGAGAAUCUAUAAAUAUA